AUGAAACGCGAGAGUGGCCGACGCGCCAAGGCUGCAAAGUGCAGCGCAAAAUCACCUGCACCAACCAGUAUUCUGGAGGAUAUUGAAAUCCCAGAUGACGACCCAGUUCGACCAGUUGAGGAGCGUCCUUCACCUUCCCCGCCGACUGGCAAAGGAUCCUCUUUAACUACCGUGACAUCCGGAGUCGAAUCCCCAGCAAUCCAGUUUCCAGAAAUGCCGGAAUAUCUGGAAGAGACAGUCUUCCUUGACGAUGGCCCAAACGACUUCCUCACACAGCUAGAUCUUGACCACCCUCUGCUCGGUAUGGCCAACGAGCAAGGGCAAUUUCUAUCCAAUCCUUGGUUGGAUGUCGUUUGUAACAAUGAAUACUACCUUGUGGGCAUAUUUGUCGACUUCAUUACAAGCCCCAGGCGUCGACAGCGCUCAUGGGUGUUUGAACUACCCAACAUCAUGGCCUCAACGACGUUGCCGUCUGUCAAGUUCUCCAUUCGUGCUGCGGCUCUCAUAUAUUAUGCCGUCUCAAAUCGUGAUAACGCUACUGCUGUGGAUGCCCUUCAUUGGUAUCUUGCCGCUCUCGAGAGCUAUCGCAUGUCCCUCCAUGGUUCAAGCCACAAGCCUCUUUGGGAUGCAAAGGUGCUAGGGAAUAGUCCAAAUGCCUCGUCAUCCCCUCCCUCUCUAGAUCAAAGUGGUCAUUGCAGCACAAUAUGUGUACCCAUGAUGUUUACCUACUUUGAACAAAUGCAAGGCGUCACUCCGGACGCAGGCCUGAAGCACCUCAAUGUGGCUUGCGAUAUGCUUGAGGCCAUCGGUCCACAUACCUGUUCCUUCGGACUACAACAUAGAAUUUUUCGAUCUGUUCGUUCUCUUGAGGCUUUCCAAGCCAUCCUCCGAAACAAGUCGGCAAGGUUUGCUACCACUGACUGGUGCCAAAUUCCUUUCGCACAAGACCCCAAGGGAUCUUGGGAUCGUAUUGUUGAUGUUGCCUUUUCAUUUCUCCGCCAAGUUAAACUCCCCAACGUUGACGAGCCGGCUUCGAAUAUUCGUGAUGGAGUUCGCGCUAUCCAAGAUUUGCCAAGAAAACAAAAGUUGGAGAUAGAAGUGGCGGCCAAUGGUGUAAUGUCUCAGCUGGUGGACUGGUGGAAGGAAUACGUCGGGGAGGAUAUAACAGUUUCUCCCGUCACUAAACACUUUAGCUUUGAGGACACAUCGAUAUUAGCAGAGUCCUUGUCUCUGACCGUGUCGCAAGAUUCCUUCAUCUACGGCGAUACACACACCGCAGGCGCCAUCGCCCUCUUCAACGCCAUAAGCAUCAUCAUUCAGCACAUUUUAUUGCUCAUCACGUUGUCGAAGCCUCCACAACCUAACCUUCAUGAGCCAAGUUCCGCUGUGCUGGCCUUACAAUCAUCCAUACAUGUUCAGGCAUCAUCCAUCCUCCACCUUGCUCGAUGCAUACGGGAGACCAACUCCUAUUGUGGCGAUGCAUCGCGAGUCAUUUUCGCCGUCAAAGUUGUUUCAUUGCUUGCUCUGGAAGAUGAUCAACGGGACCAGGCUCAGGUUAUUGCUAAUGACCAGCCAGGGCUUUCCUUACUAUCAGGCACCGCGAUUGAGAUGGUAACUCGGUGGUCUCACAGAACCAUGUAG